UAUUGAUAAAUACGCGGUCACACUACGCGACGCUGACGAGGAAGCGAUUUUCCAGAAGUUGUAAAAAAACCUUUUUUAAAGUUACAAAAUAGCUACUACAUUUAAGUGCAAGUGUAAAUAAAUCGAUACAGGUCGCGGAUUGCAUUGCAUAUAAUAAUAACUGAAUUGAAUAAGGAAAACUAGUGCGACACCACCAAGUAGAAAGUACGUGAAAAAACCAAAAGUGUGUCUGUGUGAGUGCGACGAGUUUUUUCAUUCGCCUGAAGUGGAGCGAACCUAUAUUUGUGGAUGGCUCUCCACAAUAACACAACAAAAAUAACAAAUGCAGAAAAUGUUGAGCAAACAGCAACACCAAACGAUAGAACAAUAGCGAAAGAAUGUAAAAGAAUCGUUAACAGGACACCAAAAUUGCAUUGGAAAUUGAAAUUCGUGCGACAAAAGCAAAAGACUGCAGAAAUUUUCAAAACUUGGCAGCCAUAUUUACUACAAAAACAAAGCUGUUGUAAAAGUACGUGACAAAACGCUUACACAGAAAAUAUUCAGCCACACACACAAACACACCCAACUCAUAAGCAGCGCACUUAUAUACACAUCCACACAAAAACACACACACACACUCACAUUUGCACACGUACAGCGUGUUUGAGAGAGAGACUGAGAAGGGGAGAAACGCAAAUGUGAAUUAACAUACAAACAAACAAAUAAGAAAUAUUUUGCGCAAAAGACAGCCCCCCCUAAAAAUUCAACAAAUAUUCAAUUCAAAUAUUACAUAAACAAACACUGCGCAUCAGUUUGAUAUCGAAAUAUUAUGGAAAUCGCACCAUUGAUUAGCAACGCAGCCGUUGCCGCCGUCGCUGCCGUCUCAGCCUCUGCCUCGUCCACAUAUGCCUACGAGAGCGAGAGCCGAACCAGCAGAAGCAGUAGCAGCAAGGAAAACGAUAAAGUCAACAAUCUGGCGUUGCUCGCUUCGCUGACGCUUCAGAAAGUGCUGAAUAUCAACAAUAAUAAUAAUAAUAAUAAUAACAACAACAACAGCAGCAGCAAUAGUGGGGCAGCCAUCAGGCUAACUGAACAACAACGACGAAACCUCGACGAAAUUCAAGCUGAGAAUGAUGUAUUAAAUAGGUUGCUUAAAAAUGGAGCAGUUUUUACCAAAACACAGCCCACGCCCCCCAUAACCAUCGAGAAGAAAAGACAGAACCAGCAGCAACAGCAUCAGCAGCAGUAUCAGCAUGCACAUCUGCAACACCAGCAGCAGCAGCAACAACAACAACAGCGGCAGCAGCAACAAGAGCAGCAACAGCAACAACAGCAGCAGCAGCAACAAAACAGCGCGCAGAAGCAACGCCUCGAUUCAUCCAUAUCAUCCACACACUCAUCGACAUCAACGAACUCCUCCUAUGGCAGCUCCUCCUCCGAAGAUGUACUUGUGGCCGGGACCAGCACUAGCAGCAGCAGGAGAGCCCCAGGAACAGCGACAGGAACCAUAGGAAGCUUAGCAUCCGUAAAGGCGUCCAGCAUUAAAUUGCCAGAGAAAUCGAAAAUUCCGUCCGAUAUACUUGAUGAUCUGGCCAGUAGAUUUAUAAUCAAUGUACCGGACAUGGAGCUAAACAAUCUAAUAAGAAUAUGCUUUCAAAUCGAGUUGGCCCAUUGGUUCUAUCUGGAUUUCUUUUGUGCCCCCGAAGUGAAUGAAGAUGGUGUGCCCACGAUUGUACAGCGAAAGCUACCAGCGGUGGGGAUCAAACAGUUUGCCAUGCAAUUGUUCCAACACAUUCCCUUCCUGAACAAACAUUUUGGCACUGUGGAACAAAUACUGCAAGAGUGGAAGAACUACAAGAUGUCGGUGCCCACAUACGGUGCCAUUUUGGUGUCUGAAGAUCACAAUCAUUGCUUGCUAGUGCAGUCCUAUUUCGCACGCAACUCGUGGGGCUUUCCCAAGGGGAAAAUCAAUGAGAACGAGGAUCCAGCACAUUGUGCAACAAGAGAGGUUUACGAGGAAACUGGGUUCGACAUCACCGACAUCAUCGAUGCCAAUGAUUAUAUUGAGGCUUUUAUCAACUAUCAAUAUACGCGGCUGUAUGUCGUGCGGAAUAUACCGAUGGACACGCAGUUCGCUCCGCGCACACGCAACGAGAUCAAAUGCUGUGACUGGUUCCGUAUUAAUGAUUUGCCGGUCAACAAGAAUGAUGCCAUAUCGAAAGCCAAACUGGGCAAGAAUGCCAAUUCCUUCUUUAUGAUUAUACCCUUUGUUAAGCGGCUCAAGAAGUGGGUGAGUGAGCGUCAGGCUGGCAUCGGACCCCGUCGACGCAAAUGCUCUGGUCAGCAAAGUCCCAAAGCAGCAUCGCCAACCAAUGGGAAUGGCAGCUGCAAGAAGGAUGCUGCUGCCUCGCGACGCCAGCGACACAAGUCCAUGGGGGAUUUGGAUGGUGUCAAAUUAAAUAAUCUCAAUGGAAAACCGGGUGCCGGUUCCUCCGGGCCGGUGGCUUGUGCAUCGGCCAACACCACAGGCACCAUGAACAUAUGCAAUAGCAACAAACGCAAUAAACAAAAUGGGGCUGCGGGCAGCAAUCAAACCACGCCACUAUCAACGGCAACACACACUCCGGCAGCCACAACUCCCGGAGGAGGAAGUGCUGGAGCAGCUAUAUCAUCGAAGCGUCAACUGUUCCAUAGCCACAGUCAAAAUGAUGCACAGCAGCAGCAGCAACAGCAGCAGGUGUCUCAUGGCAAUGACAAAGUGGUCAGCUCCUUUGAUUUGAUACGAAAGGAGAAACAGCAGCUACUGAGGGCAGCCAAGUUGCAGAAGCAACACCAGACGCAGCAGCAACAGCAACUAAUUCAAGGCUUGCGCCCCAAGGUUGUGCAAAGUGAGAAGCAAGAAAAUCAUCAUCAGCAACAGCAGCAGCAGCAGCAACAACAAUCGCAGCUGCUGGUCAAGAAGAGCCUGGGACAACAACAGCAACAACCCACAACGGGCAUGGACUUGAUAGCCAUGCUAUCGGCUGCGGCGGCAGCUCAGCAAAAGACACCAACAGCGGGACAGCCACGUCCACGGCCAGCAUCGGUUUCGCUGAACUUCGAGGGAUCCCCAACCACAGGACCAUCGCAGCAGCAGCACAAUCAGCUGCAGCGCAUGCCCUCGGGGACUAAUUUGAGGAUUCUGAAGCGAGCCCAAUCUCAGCAGCCGUCGCAGCAGCUGCAGCAGCAACAGCAGCAUCAAAGUCAGGUAGGCGUGGGCACGCCUGCUUUAGGGCCGAUGGACUUUACGCCCAACUUUAAUUCGUGGACGAAUUUUACAUUCACCAAAAACUGGAUAGAAAAUGUGUUUUGCUAAACAUAUUCACACUAUUUACUUCCUUCUAUUCUAUAAAAAUUCUGAUUGAAUGCAUUUUCAAGCAAAAGGCCAGAUUACAGGGAAUAAGAUAUAUUUUUGGAUGCUUUGUGACAGGAGAGAGAGAGAGAGACAGCUAAAGAGAAGAGACCCUGCCAGGAAGAAAGAAAGAAAGCAUGCCAAUUGCAUUUAACAAGUACACAUUUGUUAUAAAAAACAACAACUAAACCUUAAACAACGUACCAACACUCAAUAGACAACUAAUCAUGUCUAGUCCUAGGCUUUGGAGACUAUGUAUCGUGAAAGCUUCAAGAACUUUAAUGAUCUCCCACAGGAGAAAUCACACUUUUCCACAUAUAUAUACCUAACAUAUAUAUAUUCAACAUUAUAUAGGGAACAGCAGGCAUAAAAAAUGAAAUGAUUUUCAUACCAAAAACUCGAGUCUUCCGCUCAGCACACACGUAACGUAGCGCUUAGUUUAUUCCAUGGACAAGGACAAGGACACAAAAGAGACGACAUUGAGAUUGAAGUACAAUACAAUACACAAUUACUAAUUAUUAUAAAUAUUGUUAAGAGUCCUUGCCGUGGAAGCUAAACAGCUAAACGUUUAUUGUGUGCGUGAACAAAGCCCCUACUUCGAGCCGUGUACGGCGUUUAAACGUAUUUUUAGACAAAACCAACAAACUAAACUUAACUAAAGCGUAGCUUUAAUACGCCCUAAAACACUCACACACACACACACACACACCGAAAGUUUUGCCCCAGUUGCUGUGCAAGUAUUCUUAUUGAAGUCCUUUAACGACUCACCUGAUGGAUGAAAUUUAUGGGGAAAAAUCGUGUUUGCGGGCAAGGGAAAUAAUUGGAAUUUCUGGGCCGCUAUACUGCCCGCCCCCUUCCCCCACCCCCCACCUAAGAGAAAGAUGUGUAGAAAAGAAUACAAAUAAUAACAAUGUAAAUAAUUAAAUUGUGAUAUCGUAUUUCUUAGCACAAUUGUGAUCUUAACAAAACAAAACGGCUAGCUACUACGUGCAACCAACCACAAACAACUUUUAUAAGCGAACGAAGAGAGAGGACAUUUUUAAACAAUCAAACGAAAUUGCGCCCCUUAAAACCAGCGAAAAAACAGACACAGACACAGACAGACAGACAGAAUGGGAGGCCAUUGAUUGAGCGUUUGAGCGACCCACAAUGCGGGGCAAUUAUGAGGCAUAUCUUCAGGCAAGGCAAUAGGCACAGCACCAAUAAAAUAAAUAAGAACAGCCCAAGCGUAAUGUUGCGCCGGGGAUGCAAUGCUGUGAGUGGAUGUUGUUGAUUGACAAACAUUUAACGAAUUUAAAUUAGUUUAAAUUUGAAUGAUUAAAACAUAUAGAAGGACGCUUAAAAGUAUUUAAACGAUUUGUAAAGGAUCAGAAGAGGAUGAUGUAUAUUUUUGUGAGCCACUAGUGCGUAAGUGAUAGGAGGAGGAGAAACAGCAGACACAGCAGAAGCGAAACGAAACGAAAAGAUACCUUCAUGAAAUAUGUGUGUGUUAAGCCUUUUGAUAAUAAUAUCGUAGACUUCGUUCAAGUUUUCUACAAAGCCAAGUUUCCUAUAAUUCAUAAGCAUGUCCGAAGCCUGUCCAACGAUUCGGCUCGGUUCGUUCUCUCCACCAAGCAUACAUAGUCUCCAAUGUGUGAAACUGUUGCCUAUUAGCGUAUAUCUUUAGACUAAGCCACUAAACAGAGUCGUCUCCAUCUCCACACGCGGUCGUCACUCUAAACAACAACAACAACGAGAACAAGAACAAGAAAAGCUAGGAAAACUUCCCCUUAAGAUGGCCUUUUGCUUAUAAUUCGCUUGAUAAAUUCUGUAACUUCAACCAAAAAAUCCAAAAAAUUUGCAUUUGCUUAGAAAUUUCUCAAAUUUGACCUUUAAAGCUUUUUGAAAAGCCAUAUUAAUUUCUAUUUUUUAUGUUUACAUUUUGAGCUUCAAAUUUUUUUUAAACAAUUAUUCUUUUAAUUUGGAUUUGGAUAACAUUGUACAAAAAACAAACAAACAAAAACGAAAUAUCCUAUGAUUUUACUUUAAUUUCUGAAACGGAACUGCGUUUCCACACUCCCCUUCCCCCGACAAAUGUUCUAUGAAAUUGGCAAUAAUUUUUUUAGUAUUGAUAUUUUAUAUUUUUUUUACAACAAACAAUUAAUUACGUGGGACAUUUGUCUGGGACAAAAAACAAAACAAACAAAACAAAAAAAACAAAAAAAAAAAAUACAAGAAAGAAACAACCAAACCAUCAAAGAUUCAGCAAGCAAUGAAUAUCAAACUAUAAACAAAAUAAGAACUUUGUUAACAAAGCUUGGGAAAUGAACUAAAAAGGAGAGAAAGCAAAGCAAAUUAAUUGUUGUACAAUUUCGUUGUGAAAAAAUCAAACAUAAUGCAAACUGAAACAUUUCAUUCGAGUCAAACGGAAAGUUUGUUUAAGCAACAACAUAAUCUUUAUAAUUUUAAGUGUGCAAAAAGUGUGUGCUGCUCCAAAAUCCCAAAACAAUACUAUAGUUGAUGUUCGUUUUAACUUAUUUUUUUGAACAAGCAUACCCAUACCAUAGCAAUAUGUAACCAUCAUGAAUGGGACCCUGGAUAAACAAAAGUUAAUUAAUGCGAGUGGUGAUGGACGCGCCAUCAUUAAGCCUAAAGAAAAAUCGAGGACUCGCUCUAAACUAAAAUUGUUAUGCAUUUUAGACCAUUUUAUCCGACAAAGUGAACAAAGAACCACUAUCAACACGUCCAAAACGAGAACUUAAGGUGCGUCCCAGACUCCAGACCUGAAUAGAUUGGCAGAGUGAACUGGAACUUAGUAAGAGAAAUCCCCGUGAAGGAUAACCAUCCGUUUGCUACAAAUCUAUUCUGGUGCCAGCACUUCCUUAUAAAUCAUACGAUAUCAAAAACCCAAUUUGUAGACUUUAAACCAAAACCAAGAAAAUAUAAAACAAACUUAAAUCUCCAAUCAAGAACAAUUGUAACGUAAAGAUUAUCCAAUCAAAUAACUUAUUUGUGGCAUAAUAUAUUUCCCAAUAUUUUCCCUGCCCCCCUCCCCACCCAAAAUUCCGGCAAUAAAUUGAUGUAUCAAGUUUUAA